AGAGAGGGAGAGACCCGGAGAGAGAGGGAGCAGGCUCGGCCACAGCAGCUCGGUGCCGCACCCUUUCUGCUCCUCGCGCAGGUAAACAGCCCGGAAGCACGAGAGCCGUCCGGCGCACCUGCUUUUAUUUUUUUACCCCCCUUCACCCCACAUUCUUUAAAGAGGCGCAGAUAAGGACCCUAAAGUGAGCCUGGAUGGAAGAACUUUGAAACGGUCCAUUUAGAUUCAUCUUUUUAUCCCGUUUUUCUUUCACUUUGUCACCGGAGGGCGUUCUGUGUGUGUGUGUGUGUGUGCGCGCGCGCGCGCCAGGAAAUCUCAGGUGCGACGGCACGUUGUGUUUGGACUCGAGCAGGAUAUACUUGACUGACCGGUUCACGCGCGCACGUUCAAGAACUCCGCCAUGCAGUGAAGCGGCCUGAGGCCGGAGUCCUGCAGCCCUCAGCCGUCCGGCGGAUGGCAUGCUGACGUCCCGCCCGAGGACGAGGGCGAGUGCGAACGCCGUCCCGCUCCCUCCCGUCUGCCCGCCGUCCCCCCCAGCUGCGCUCUGAUCCCUCCGCCCGCCCGCCCGGCCGGCCGCCAGCAUGGAUACGUCCUCCGAAGACAAGGUGGGAUGCUACUUCAACAAGAGCGUCAAGUUCUUCUAUGAGGAGAGCGGCAAGAACAUCAGCGACCACUGGCGCCAGCGGGACUACGUCAUCGUCACGCUGGGCAUGACGGUGUGCUUCGUGGUCAUCUUCUCCAACCUCUUGGUCAUAGCCGCCAUCUUGAAGAACCGGCGCUUUCACUUCCCCAUCUACUACCUGCUGGGAAAUCUGGCCCUGGCAGACCUCUUUUCAGGUGUUUCCUACCUCCACCUGAUGUUCCACACCGGGCCCUGGACCAUCAGGCUCUCCAAGUACCAGUGGUUUGUGCGCCAGGGGCUGAUCGACACCAGCCUGACGGCCUCCGUGCUCAACCUGCUGGCGGUGGCGGUGGAGCGCCACCAGACCAUCUUCAACAAGCAGCUGCUCAGCAAGAUGAGCACGCGGCGCGUCUUCGCCAUCAUGAUCCUCAUCUGGCUGGUGGCCAUCGUCAUGGGCCUGGUGCCCACCAUGGGCUGGCACUGCCUGUGCGACCUGCCCAACUGCUCCACCAUGGCGCCGCUGUACAGCCGCAGCUACCUGGUGUUCUGGGCCGUGCUCAACCUCAUCACCUUCUCCAUCAUGGUGGCCGUCUACACCCGCAUCUUCGUCUACGUGAGGCGCAAGAGCAAGCAGAUGUCGCAGCACACGUCCCAGAUGAGAUACAAGGAGACGGUGUUCAACCUGAUGAAGACCGUCUCCAUGAUCCUGGGCCUGUUUGUGAUCUGCUGGACGCCGGGCCUGGUGGUGCUGCUGCUGGACGGCCUGGGCUGCGAGCGCUGCCAGGUGCUGAAGUACGAGAAGUACUUCCUGGUGCUGGCCGAGUGCAACUCCUUCGUCAACCCCAUCAUCUACUGCUUCAGGGACACGGACAUGAGGAGGACCUUCAAGGAGAUCCUGUGCUGCCUGUGCCGGCGGACCCGGCGCCACAGCGGCACCGAGGUCCACUUCACCAGCCUGGACCACGAGAAGUCUCGCUCUGCCGAGACGGCGGAGAAGACCAACGGGUCGCCUCUCAUCCGCGACGGCUCGGAGGACGUCUCCGCCUCCUCGGACAGGUGGAAGUGACUCCGGCGGCGGUCGGUUAGCUGGAACGUACGUCCAGACUGCAACUCCCCCACCUGCCUGUGUGUGUGUGUGUGUGUGUGUGAACUAAUGUCAAGGUGUUUCGAAGAGAAAAGAUCCGUCAUCGGCCUCAAGGAGGAAUUAAAAAAAAAAAAAAAGAAGAGAAGCAAGGCCGCAGCAUGUGGGACGUCUAGAGCUGGUUUCCUGCUGACGCACUAAUGACUGCGUGGUUUUUCCUCUAAACACACGGCGGGAGACGAGCAGCACCUGGAACAAACUGACAGCGAGAAGACGACGGAUGACAAAACCCAAGUGUGUGUGUGUGUGUGUGUGUGUGUGUGUGUGUGUGUGAGGGUCAGCGCCUUUUAACCCCGUGAGGUCCAGGGUGACGGAGCGGGACAUUGAUCGACUGAAACUCAAAUCUUUAAAGGAAGAACAGAAACAUGAAAUCGUCCGGAUCUCGGCGGAUUCGGCCUCGUUCCGGCCGUUUGAAAGUCGUCCCAGUCAACGCUGGACGGAGGGAUUGUUCCAAACUGCCGUCAGUCCCGUGAGGUUUCCAGAGCGCUGCUCAGGCUGUGUUCCGUCCCCGUGACUCCGAGAAAUGAGAUUCACCGAGUCCCAAAAGGAAAAUGACGCCGUGCAAAUCUGUAAGAGAGCGAGAGUGUUUUCCUCCUGGUUGAUCGGCCAGUGUAAAAUAGAAUGUCAGAUUUUAUGUUUUAGAGUCUUUUCUUCUUCUUUUUUUUAGGUUUUGAAAGUCGUCUUGGGUUGGUUUUUCAUGGCUGCAGUUCAACAGUUUUAUUAAAUGGUUUUAAUGGUU